UUUUUUUCCACUGAAUUUAUACACGCUAAAUUUUAAAACACUGUAUUCUACAAACUUUUAAACAUAAACAUUGCUCACAUAUUUGUAUUCAAUGAAAUCGUCAGCAUUAUUUGUCGUAAAAAAAACCCCUCAAAACAAUCAGUGACAUAAAUUCAAGGUCCAAAAAAGCGUUCCUGAUGAAGACACAAGUGAAGACAACAUGAACUUCACACAAUGCGGAACUUCAUCCCAAACGCAUCAACUCCCUGUUCCCCUUUACCGAGUCAUUUGCUUUUAUUUUGAAAUGCAGGCAAAGAUCUACUUCUCAUUCCCGGGGGAACUCCUCAUGAGGAUGCUGAAGAUGCUCAUCCUGCCUCUCAUCACGUCCAGUCUGAUGUCGGGCCUGUCGUCCAUGGAGUCCAAGGCGUGCUGCCGCAUGGGCGUGCUGACCGUCACGUAUUACCUGUGGACCACCUUCAUCGCCGUGGUGGUGGGCAUCGUCUUGGUGGUCCUCAUCAAGCCCGGCGUCGGCACGGAGAUGGAGAGCAACCGGCUGGGAGGCGGGCCCGUCAUGACGUCGGCCGACGCCCUCCUUGACCUGAUCAGGAACAUGGUCCCGUCCAAUCUGAUCGAGGCCACGUUCCAGCAGGUGAGCGCCCGAACCCGGCGUCCGCCGCCCCAUGACCGCCGCCGCCGCCGCCUCUCACACUUCCUGUUUGUGUCGUCAGUACAAAACGGACCUGGUGCCCAUCCUGAAGGUCCCAACCAGGACCAUCCAGCCCAACUUCGUGUACGUGGUGCCGGACGAGCGCGAUCCCAAAGGUCGCACGGUGUUCCUGGAGCUGACUCCGCCCCCCGAGGUCACGUACAAGACGAGUCCCGGCAGCAGCCAGCAGAUGAACGUACUCGGCAUUGUCAUCUUCUCCGCCACCAUGGGGCUGUUGCUGGGCAGGAUGGGCGAGCGAGGAGCGCCGCUGGUCAACGUGUGCCAGUGCAUCAACGAGUGCGUCAUGAAGAUAAUCAACGCCGCCGUGUGGUACUUCCCGUUCGGCAUCAUCUUCCUGGUGGCGGGCAAGAUCCUGGACAUGCAGGACCCGAGCACGCUGGGGAAGAAGCUGGGCUGGUACGGCGUCACCGUGCUCGCCGGCCUCUUCGUGCACGGCCUGGUGCUCCUCCCCCUCUUCUACUUCCUGCUCACCAGGAAGAACCCCUUCACGUACAUCCGUGGGCUCCUGCAGGCCCUGGUCAUCGCCCUGGCAACCUCCUCCAGCUCGGCGACGCUGCCCAUCACCAUGAAGUGUCUGCUGGAGAACUGCCACGUGGACCGCCAGAUCGCCCGCUUCGUGCUGCCCGUGGGCGCCACCAUCAACAUGGACGGCACGGCGCUCUACGAGGCGGUGGCGGCCAUCUUCAUCGCCCAGGUCAACGACUACGAGCUGGACUUCGGACAGCUGGUCACCAUCAGCAUCACCGCCACCGCCGCCAGCAUCGGCGCAGCCGGCAUCCCCCAGGCCGGCCUGGUUACCAUGGUGAUCGUGCUGACGUCCGUGGGCCUGCCCCCCGACGACAUCACCCUCAUCGUGGCCAUCGACUGGAUCCUGGACCGAUUUCGGACCAUGAUCAACGUGCUGGGCGACGCCCUGGCGGCGGGCAUCAUCGCCCACCUGUGUCGGAAGGACUUCCCCCUCAGCGGGACGGGAAAGGGCGUCCCUUCGUACGGCACGCACACGCCCCACAACCACAGCGUGGACGUGCCCAUGACGGAGAUCCACACGCACAAAGACGGCGACGUGGUGUUGGACGGCCACGCGCACACCGUCUACUACAACAUCUGUCAGGUGUGAGGAAAUGUGGCGCCCAAAAGGGUGGCGCCACAUUUUUCGGACAUCAUAAGGACUUUGAUUGGCGGCUGACUCUUGACGCCUUAAGUGGCCUUCUCCACGCGACAGCAUGCUGGCGUGCGUCUUCUUUCCUCUCGUGCUUUACUUCCCGCUUCCUGUUGGCGACGCAGGCAGCUAACUCGUCCACGUUUGUUCUUUUAUUCUGAAAUUCAUUUUAUUCUGGGAAA